AUGCAGUGGGGUCGAAGAUGGUCGCUACGACUUGUAGAGGCUUUCCAGAGUCGCCGCGGCCUGGCCCUUUUCUGGCUAACCAUUCUUGGUGGUGGUAUUCUCAAGUUCAAGUGGAGUCACGCCUGGUACCAACAAGAGAUUGAUCGUGUUCGCAGAGAUAUCAUCCGGUUAGAGGGAGAGCUUGCAGCGAUCACAGGAGCUCAUUCGCAACCAGCUGUAGUGGAACGCGUACUAGCCGAAACUAGCAGCUUUGAGGAGCCCGUGGAACCAGCACGCUCCCCACAGGCCUCUACGGAUACCGCUGCUCAGGCAGGUCCACCAUCGAAGGCGAUAACGGACUCUAACGGUCAAGGAGACGCUCCGUAUUCGUUUUCAUGA